AUGCCCGUGACCGCGUCCAAAACAACGUCCUGCGGCCAUGUUUCUGAGGGGCUCCGAGGUCACUUCCGGGACUCUGAAGUCACAGCCGGAGCCCUGAGCGUGUACUUCCGCUUACUGCCAAACUUUGUGAUUAAUCCGGGCCAGGGCACAGAGAAGCUGGACCUGCAUUUCAACCCCAUUGUCUGCAACUCACUGGAGGGCAACACCUGGGGGCAGGAGCAAUGGGAAGAUCACUUGUGCUUCAGCCCAGGGUCAGAGGUCAAGUUCACCGUGACCUUCGAGAGUGACAGAUUCAAGGUGAAGCUGCCAGACAGGCACCGGUUGACCUUUCCCGACAGGCUGGGCCGCGGCCACCUGAGCUCCCUGAGUGCUGAAGGGUUCAACAUCUCCUCCUCCAAGCUUGACUGAGUGGGCGGGCGCUCACGGGAACGACAGAACCCUCGCCCCGACUUCCCAUCCUGAGCUCCUUCCCAGUCACACGGGCUCAGCAGCCCCUGGGUCCUGGCUCCCCGCCUGCACUCCCUGCCCCUCUGACCCCUCUCCUCCCCCAAGGCUAAGGCCAAUUUAAGAAUCCACCUUUGACCAGCUGGUGUGGCUCAGUGGUAUGAACCAGGCGGUCACUGGUUCAGGGCACAUGCCCAGUUGCAGGCUCGAUCCCCAGUAGGAGGUGUGCAAGAAGCAGCCGAUUGGAUGUUUCUCUCCCUCUCCCUUCCUCUCUCUAAAAAAAAAAAAAAAUCGAAAAAAAAGAGAA